UAAAUUACCAAAUAAAAGGUCAAGCUGUCAAAACAUUGAUGAAGUAAUCAGCCAUCAGGUAUUUACAAUAAUAUUGAAAAUGAGAAGCGAGAUAUAGGCGAUUAUGAACAAGCACAAUCACUAUUACUUGCGUAAUACGAGUGAUAACUUCUUAAGCUUCGGGUGAAUAAAUUGUGAAUUUUGGUAUUACAGUGUUAAUAUUUGUGCAAACAUGAAUAGUAUACUAUGCAAAGCUGGUUUUAAAGCAACACCGGGAAUGGCGAGAUGUUUUUCGGUUACGGCAGUUAAAAAUGCUGAUUAUUCGUGUAAGUUGUUAGUGAUAGGUGGUGGAACUGGGGGCUGCACCAUGGCAGCAAAAUUUGCCAGAAGAUUAAAAAAAGAUGCUGUCAUAGUACUUGAACCAAGUUCUGAUCACUACUACCAGCCACUGUUCACGUUAGUGGGGGCGGGUGUGACGUCAGUGGCGACCACUCGUCGUCACGCCCGCUCCGUCCUGCCUGACAGAGCCAAGUGGCUCCAAGAUUCAGCACAGAGCGUAGACCCCAAGAACAAUAAGGUGAAGACCACAAACGGACACACCAUUAACUAUGAAUAUAUGAUUAUUGCUGCAGGCCUGGUCAACGAUUACGCUAAAGUGCCAGGUCUAACGGAGGCUCUGAAGGAUAAAUCCAGCGGCGUGUCCACGAUAUUCUCGCAAGACUACUGUGAGAAGACUUGGUCCGAUAUUAAAAACUUCAAAGGAGGUGACGCCAUCUUUACGUACCCGGACACACCCAUCAAGUGUCCUGGGGCACCACAGAAGAUCGCCUACAUGGCUGAUGCGUAUUUCAAUAAGUCAAACGUCCGAUCGAAGUGUAACAUAACAUACAACACCUGCCUCCCGGUGAUCUUCGGGGUGAAGAAGUACGCGGACGUGCUGUUGAAGAUAGCCAAUAGAAAGAACAUUAAGGUCAACUACAAGACGGUCCUCAAAGAGAUAAGGCCGGCGCAGAAAGAGGCAGUGUUCAUACACACGGACGAUCACACUAAGCAAGUGACUCUCCCGUACAACCUCCUCCACGUGACUCCUCCCAUGAAGACGCCAAGCUUUCUUCAGAGCAGCGAGGGUCUGGUGGACGCAGCCGGCUACCUCACCGUCGAUAAAUACACCUUACAACACACGAAGUACGAUAAUAUAUAUGGCAUCGGGGAUUGUACCAACACGCCGAACAGCAAGACGGCUGCUGCUAUAGCCAAACAGAGCUACGUCGUGGAACAGAACCUGCUACGCACGAUGGGUGCUACGACGCCUCUACGACGCUACGACGGCUACGGCGCCUGUCCCCUGGUCACAUCAUACAACACCUGCGUGCUGGCGGAGUUCGUGUACGACGGUGUCCCGCGGGAGACUUUACCGUUCAACCAGGCUAGUGAGAGUGUGCUGGCUUUUUACAUGAAGAGACAUUUAUUCCCAUUCCUGUACUGGAACUUUAUGCUCAAAGGAAACUAUAACGGACCAGAGUUCAUAAGGAAAAUCAUCAAUCCACUCGGCAGGAACUAAACCAAACAUACUAUAUGUGAAGCAAUAACACAGUUGAUUGCUAGACUAACUGCUAUAUAUAUGUAUAUAUGUUGCUUUUGUAAACUAUAUUUUGUUUGUAGAUUAAUUAUUAAAUCUAUUAAUAUUUUUGUAAAGUUCAAUAUAACAUAUAACAUAUCACAAAUUUAAUGAUUGGACUGAGAACGACUUAUAUAAAUAAUGUCUUCAGUUUUGCUAAGUUGAGAUUAUUUAUUUUUUGUAACUGUGUUGCCAUGUAACUGAAUAACUUUUAUUAAUCUGACAGAUUUUACUUUUGUUCAAAAGUAAAAUAAUUGCAAUUAAAAUGCUACUUUAGUUGAAGGAAUAAUUGAUUUAAAUUUAUUUUGAUUAUAGAUAUAUUGAAAUGAUGUAAUAAAAAAAAUAUAAAUAUUUUUUAAGAUCAAUCUACAAAUAUUAGUCAUUAAGAAGAUCAUAUAACAACAGAUAUUUACAUGUUAAGUUUGAAUUUUAUAUAUAACAUCAAUAAUAUAUUUUUGUGUAUCAAAUAAUUAAUAGCAUGUUAUUUUAUAAAUAAAUCAUUAAAAUUA